CCCACGGUGACCUACGGAAGGUUUGCCAGGACAAAAAUCUCCCAAAGCGAUUGGUUCGUAAACAUAAACAUGGCUUUGCUUAUUAGCAACCCUUUGCUUUACCUUUGUAUUAAAAAGACUGCCAGACAUAUGACCGAGAGGCAGAUGAGGGAAACGUCGUUCCUUUGGAGAAGUUACGCCACCGAGAGAGACAACAAGGUGCCUAAAAUCUACACCAAAACGGGCGAUAAAGGUUUCUCAAGCACAUUUACUGGAGAGAGAAGACCAAAGGAAGAUCAUAUUUUUGAAGCUUUAGGAAAUACAGAUGAACUGUCGUCAGCUAUAGGUUUGGCCAGAGAAUUUUGCAUUGAAAAAGGCCACACGUUCACACAUCAGCUGGAUGAGAUUCAGUGCGUUUUGCAAGAUGUUGGCUCCAAUAUUGCCACUCCUCAGUCAUCCGCAAGAGAAAGUCAUCUGACUCGAACCAGAUUUACCGGAAAGCCAGUAACAGACUUGGAAGGAUGGAUCGAUACUUUCACCGAGGAACUCCCUCCUCUCACCAACUUCAUUUUGCCUUCUGGAGGAAAAAGCAGCGCAGCUUUACACAUAGCUCGGACCGUCUGUCGCAGAGCUGAGCGCAGCGUCGCUCCAAUCGUGCGUUCCGGGGAGGCCGAUCCCGAUGUCGCCAGGUUUUUAAACAGAUUAAGCGACUACCUUUUUACGGCGGCCAGAUAUGCGGCCCUGAAAGAAAACAACAAGGAGAUAAUAUACAAAAGACCUGAAUAAUAUUUGGUUAUGACAAAACAGUAAAUCCGUGUGCAUAUUUUGUAAAUAAACGUGGUGAAAAAAAUCGUA